AUGCCAAUUCAUGAAUUUAAAAAUUCUCGUCAUAUUUUAGAUGAAGAAGAUGAAAAUUUUGAAGAUGAACAAUUUAAACAAUUACAACUGAUUCCAAUUUAUGAUCCAUCAAUUACUAUUGAAAUUUAUGAACAAAUUUUUGAUAAUAAUGAAAUUAAAUCAAUAGUUAUUUUACCACCUCAUCUUUCAUUAUUUCAAAAUGAAUUUAUUAAUAUUGAUGCAAGAUCAAUUGGAUCAAUUAUUAUUGAAUAUCCUGAUUUAUAUCCUACUAAUUCUUUAAAUUCAACUACAACAUCAAGAAGAAUUAGAAGAGAACAAGAAAUUGAUCCUCAAUUUAAUCAAGGUGAACAAUUAUAUCGAAUAUCUAAUAAAAGAGAAAAUAUUAAUCAUAAAUAUUAUCGCGAAUUAACCAUUCCAAUUAUGUAUCUUGAAAAUGAUAUUGAAAUUGAUAAUGAAAAUGAAAAAUGUAAAGAUAAGGGUAAAAAUGAAGAUGGAAAUUUGGGAACUUCUUCUACUAUUCCUAAAGGAGUUUUAAUUAUAACUAUCCCUAAAUUAGUUAAUAUUUUCCUUAAUAAUGUAUUAGCAAGAAGAAUUACUCAAACUUUAAAUGAAUGGUUUAAAAAUUUAAAUUGGUUUGUUUUAGCUCCUGGUAGUAAUAUCAAUGAUGACAAUGACUACAAUCACAAUUACAACUUCGACUAUAACUACAACUAUAACUACAACCACAACCAAGGGAAUAACUACGAGAAUAACCUCGAGAAUAACCAGAUUGGUGAGAUGAAUGAUUUAUUUUUUGCUAAAUUACUUAUUUAUAAAUCUAUUAAUACAUUUAAUCAACAAGAUUUUGAAACAUUAAAUGGCAUUCCUGAUUUAUUACCUCCUCAUACUAUAUCUGGGAUUUCAGCAGCUAUGAUAUCUCAAUUAAGUUUAUAUCCUAAUAUUAAUACAGUUGGAUUAGUUUUAAAUUCUUUAAACGGUAGUUCAUCAUCAUCAUCAUCAUCAAAUUUUACUCGAUUUGAACUUGAAGCAAUUAUUUAUAUUGCUUAUGCAUUACGUCGUUUAUUAUGUUUAAAUAGAAAAAAUGGUGAAGAAUUUAUUGCUGGUAUUUUUAAAAGAUUACAAACUAUUGAAUCUUUAUCUAAUUCCAAUUUAAGAAUGUAUAUUUAG